GGAUAAUGCAGUAUAUAUCUGUCUCUGCGUCUGCGUGACAGUAAGCAAAUCCGCCACCAGAAACACCCAUCAAUCGUCUCCGCCGGUGAUUGGUUUCUCGACAUCGCCGGGAGAUUUACGUCAUCAUGAACUUGGACUUUUGGUCCUCAAGAGUCCACUCUACCACUACCAAGCGUUUUUCUGCUGUCCAUGCUACUAGCCUAAACUCUGAUAAUCAUUUAGUAUUGGACGAUUCUGAUGGAGAUGAUGAUCCAAGAGCUUGCUUCCCCUGCCCGUUCUGCUAUAUGGAGAUCGAAGUAAAUGUGCUCUGUCGUCAUUUGCAAGAAGAACACUGCUUUGACUUAAAAAAUGCUGUUUGUCCUCUAUGUGCUGCAAAUCUAGGAAAAGAUGUAAUUGGGCAUUUUGUCGUGCAGCAUGCAAGUUCGUUAAAGGUAUUAUUUCCACGGAGGAGAAAAUCUCGCAAGUCUUGCCACUGGACUGGUAGUUCAGCAAUGCUUGGAAAAGAACUGAGCUCGUUUCUUGGGCCUUCAACAUAUAGUAAAGGAAAUGCACCUGAUCCACUCCUCUCACCUUUCCUGUCCGGUGUAUCCCAUUCAGAUCUGAGCAGCAUCAAGGAAGAUGAAAAACACAACAAAAGUGCUACCACCAUAUGUGAUUUGAAAAGCACUGAGUUAUCUUUGCAGAACGAGGAUUAUGACCCGGAUUAUGAAGAGAGAAGGCAGAGAGCAGCAUUUGUACAACUAUUGUUCGCAUCGACCAUCUUUUAGGACCUCCACCAUAUUGAUAGGGGUUCAAUGUUCUAUAGAAGAUGCAUGCAGCUGCUUGAUGUUAUUAAUCACGAUUUGCCAAUAUUUUUUAGCUUACAGGUGCUGGGUUUUGUACUGGUGGUGGACACCAGAUGGUUGAAUAGUUCUAUGAUAGCUAUAUUAUGGUGAAAGUAUUUAUUGAAAUGGCUUAAGAAUGACCAUCCAGUUUGCAUCAAAAGCUUUGUGUAGUAAUCUUGUUUGUAUAUUUAUAUGGUAUCUAUAGCCUCUUUAGAGGCUGCCUUUUGUAAUGAUUUAAAACACAUCAAGUCUUAGUGGUAGCAGAAUUCAAUUGGCUUCCCAUUGACUA